GUUUGUUUUGAUUUUUUCAUUUGACAUCCAUUUUGACAUUUCACAUCAAUAUUGGACUGGACAUUUUGUUGAUUUGUUUCACGUUGUGGAAUAUUCGCGUACAAAACACUAUUUUAAUAUAAUUAAGGAGACAAGUUCACCUUAGAAGAUUUACAUUAUUUAGCAGGCUACAAAAUGGGAGAACGCAAGGGACAGAAUCUGUAUUAUCCCCCCGACUAUGACCCUAAGGUCGGGGGGUUGAACAAAUUCAUGGGAACACAUGCAUUGCGAGAGAGAGCCAGGAAACUACACAUGGGGAUCCUGAUCAUCCGUUUUGAGAUGCCCUACAACAUCUGGUGCGAAGGAUGUAAGAACCACAUCGGAAUGGGAGUCAGAUACAAUGCUGAGAAGACCAAGAUUGGAAUGUACUACACAACUCCGGUGUAUCAGUUCCGAAUGAAGUGCCAUUUGUGUGACAACCAUUUUGAAAUCAAAACUGAUCCAGGGAACUUAGACUAUGUGAUUGUAUCUGGAGCAAGAAGGCAGGAGAACCGCUGGGACCCAACAGACAAUGGCCAGAUUGUGCCAGAAACUAAGGAAACCCAGAAGAAACUGUUUGAUGAUGCCAUGUUCAGGCUGGAACACAAGACUGGAGAUGAGGGAACUGCCAAACUUGACAAUCCAAGGCUGGGGCGGCUGGUCGGGAGAAAUGAGUCUGUGUGGAAGGAUGAUUAUGAUGCUAACUGUUCUUUGAGGAGGAACUUUAGGAAAAGGAGAAAAGAACUAGAAGAAUCAUCAGUGAAUGACAGCCUACUGCUAGCUAAAUCUUCUCUAGACAUAAGUCUUCUACCGGAGAAUGAAGAUGACAGAAAUAUGGCGUCACUCCUCUCCCUACGACCUUCAAAGAGUGUUGAGGAGUCCCAAACGCAAACUAGAAGUAAGAUCCUCAACACACCAGCUUUGCCAAGUUCCACUGGAUUACUGACCAGUUUUGGAGGACUCAAAAAAGAAGAAUCUUUGUCUAAAAGUAAUUCACUUACGAGACAAGGCCUAGGUAUCACACUAAAAAGAAGUAAAAUUGAUGUUAAGAAUAGUACAGAUAGUAAAGUAAGUGAUACUAAAGAAGAUUCCAGAUUAGAAGAAAAAGUUACUAAAAGUAAUGAUUUAAAAGAUAGCAUUAAAAUAAACAGUGAAGUUCCUAAUAAACAUGAGAAUGAGGAAAAAGUAGACCUAAAGAAAGUAGAUAUUUUAAAUAUAAAGAAGGAUGAAGUUAAGAAUACUUGUGAGAAUGAUAUUGCAAUAGACAAAGUAGAGACUAAACAUGUAUCCUUGGUUGGAGAUUACAGCUCUAGUGAUGAGAACUCUGAGUAAAUCUAGAGAACUCUUAAUGUUGAAAGAACAUAAGACUAUAUUAUUCUGCACAUAAUGUCUAUAACGGUCUGCUAGUCAUCUAUUUUAGAAUACUACUACUUAUUAUGAGAACACCAAUAGAUAGUCUACUGAAUUAUAUUUACUAAAUGUGAUGAUAAUGUUGUUUUAUCACUUUUAUGAAGACCAUUUAAACCAACUUAUGAAUAUUGCCCUCUAGUAUACUUCUGAGUUAGAAGGUAUGUUAAUUUAUUUUGUAAUAUUUUGUAGAAUUUUGUAUUCAAUUAGAAUUAAACGACCACGCUAUGUGGUUAGUAAUACUAUGAUGAUAGUUAACGACAAGUUGUCUGCUAAGUCCAAAUGACUAUUUAUAAUAUCAAGGAUAAUAAUAUGUUAAACAAAAAAAUGUCAAUAGCGAAAUGAUGAAAUUGAAUAUAAUCUAGGGGCAUGGCAGUGCCCCCGCCAAUUCGAACAAUAUAUUUUACUAUUGUUAGUGUAUAGAAGAUUUGUUACGUUUGUAUGAUAAAGAGCAUCUGGUUUAGUAACAUCAGUAUAAAAAUAGAAAAUGUAGUAAUUCUGGAUAAAAUUGGACCCACAGUUGAACAUUGAACCUUACUUGUAAACAUUUUAAACUUGUUUUGCUUUCUAUCAUCAUCAGCCCAUUUCUUAUUAACAAUUUAAGAGUUUCAUAAGAAGAAUGAUCCAAAUUUACCCAGAAUAACUGUAUUCAAAAAUGUUAUUUAUAUUUAUUUACUAAAAUAAAACAGCCAAACAUCAGAAUCACAUUUUAUUUUCCAUUUAAAAAACAUUCAAGUUUCAUGAUUUUGAUUUUUUAACUUUCGAUGUAAGCAUGUCUUAACUUGCGAUGGGUGAAGCUACCAUUUGGCCUGUUAAAUGAUUAUGAAACAUUAAAGACUCCUUCAAACAUUCCCAAAAAAUUCAGAAAAGUUUUUCUUUUUACUGGCAACACUGACCUAAAAAUUACUUUGCAACAUUUUUUGUUUGUUUUUAUUGGCCUCUCAUUCACGUUGGUUACAUGUGAACGAGAUGGGGU